UCCGUUUCCUCUCGACAACAGUGCUGCGUGUUGGCUCUAAUCUGCUGCCUUGGGAAGAAUACCAACUUACAGGCCUUGACUUUGUUGUUGGUGAUCUUCGAUCGAAGGUGAUCUUUCUCCGCAUUCGAAAAAUUUCGUUCGAGGGCUGCAGUAUGCAUCGCAUAUUGCUGUUAUCGUUUUUAUGUCUUCUAUUCCAUUACUCGCAAUGUUACGAAUGGAAAACAUUUUUUUUCAAGCAACAAGUUGAUCAUUUCAGUUUCGCCAAUCAAGAUACUUAUCCACAACGCUACUUAGUCAAUUCUACUUAUUGGAAAAGAGGUGGAGGUCCAAUAUUUUUCUACACAGGAAAUGAAGGAGAUAUAGAAUGGUUUGCUCAAAAUACUGGAUUUAUGUGGGAUAUUGCAGAAGAAUUUGGGGCCAUGUUAGUUUUUGCUGAGCACAGAUACUAUGGCCAAUCCCUUCCAUAUGGCAACAAAAGCUAUUCUGAUGCAAAAUAUUUAGGAUAUUUAACCUCUGAACAAGCACUAGCAGAUUUUGCUGAGUUGGUUGCUUACAUCAAAUCCACAAACUCAGGAGCUGUUGAUAGUCCUGUUAUUGCAUUUGGAGGAUCUUAUGGAGGAAUGUUAUCUGCAUGGAUGCGUAUUAAAUAUCCUCAUAUUAUAACUGGAUCAAUCGCUGCUUCAGCUCCAAUUUUGCAGUUUACGGGACUCACCCCGUGUGACGCAUUUAAUCGCGUAGUCACUGCUGAUUUUGCAUCGGCAUCAACAGAGUGUUCAGAAACGAUUCGUAAAUCUUGGAAAUCUUUAUCUUCAAUUUUAUCGCAAGAUGACGGGAAGGAGUGGCUCCGAACUCAUUGGAAUUUAUGUGUUCCCUUAAAUGGGACUGAUGAUGUAGUUAAUUUGAAGGACUGGCUUACAAAUGUGUGGACAAAUCUUGCUAUGGUGAACUAUCCAUAUGCUGCCAAUUUUUUGGCUCCUUUACCUGCAUACCCUGUCAAAGCAGUUUGUGAGCAUUUAACAAACUCUAGUCUCGACGACCACUCCCUUCUAGACGAGCUUUUUAAAGGUUUGUCCGUUUAUGCAAAUUUUACUGGACAAACCAAAUGUUUAGAUGUCAGUCAACAAGCUGACCAGUCAUUGGGAGAUAUGGGAUGGGAUUUCCAGGCUUGUACUGAAAUGGUAAUGCCAAUGUGUGGCGACGGAAUCAACGACAUGUUUGAAGCUCAGCCCUGGAACAUAGAAAAAUAUUCUGAAAGAUGUCUAAAGAAAUGGAAAGUCAAUCCUAGGCCACUUAUGGCACCAUUGAUUUAUGGAGGCAGGAACAUCUCUUCAUCCUCAAAUAUUGUUUUCAGCAAUGGAUUGCUAGAUCCAUGGUCUACUGGAGGAGUUACAAAAUCCCUCUCUGACUCAAUUGUGGCAAUAAUAAUCCCAGAAGGAGCUCACCACCUUGAUCUAAGAGCAGCUGAUCCUAAUGACCCACCAUCAGUUGUAAAGGCCAGAGAGAUUGAAAAACAAUUUAUUGGAAAAUGGAUUUCAUCAGUCAAGAAAGACAAGAAAGAAGCAUUGAAAUCCAUCUUUGUUGGUUAAAUGUGAUCCACUGCAUAGAGAUCUGAUUUGUUAGGUUGCCAUUUACUCUAUUUCAUUUAUGAUUUUUUUGUUCGCACAAGUGUUGCAAUUUGGUCUCUGGCUUGUUGCAAAAGAUGCACAGUGGUUGAUAAUUCACUUGCAUGCAUAUCUAUAGAGAUGCGUUUUUUCCCGUCUUCGUCAGUUGACGAUCCCUCUACCUUGAUGUUUAUCAAUGCAUAUGAAUUAUUAAACGGAUAUAUUAAUCGGUUAAA